AACAACGACCGGCGCGUCAGUCGGUGCCGAACCGUCGAGUCUGGAGCGUGUUAUCCUUGUUAUCAUUAAGGGUUCGUGUGUCUGUGCGACUUUAAGAGGGUCGAUCUCGCGGAGUGUGACCGAAGAUGAGCGGGAUGCUGUCGGUUUCGAGGAGUCUGCCCGGAGCGGCGAUCUUGAAGAAAUUGGGUCUACCACUCGUCAGCAGUCGCAAGUUGCACCACACGCCGGACGGUCGAGCGGCGAAGAUCUCUGAUGCGAUCUCCAAACAAUACCCGUUGGUGGACCACACGUACGACGCGGUGGUGGUGGGAGCUGGUGGUGCCGGUCUCCGAGCGGCCUACGGCCUCGUGGCCGAAGGUUUCAAAACCGCGGUGGUCACCAAGCUGUUCCCGACGAGGUCGCACACGGUCGCCGCUCAAGGCGGCAUCAACGCCGCUCUGGGCAACAUGGAGGACGACAACUGGCAAUGGCACAUGUACGAUACCGUCAAGGGCUCGGACUGGCUGGGCGACCAGGAUGCCAUUCAUUACAUGACCCGAGAAGCGCCGAAAGCAGUCAUCGAGCUGGAGAACUGCGGCAUGCCGUUUAGCCGGACCAACGACGGUAAGAUUUAUCAGCGCGCUUUCGGUGGUCAGUCGCUGAAGUUCGGCAAAGGUGGCCAAGCUCACAGAUGCUGCUGCGUGGCAGACAGGACCGGCCACUCUUUGUUGCACACGCUCUACGGACAGUCUCUGAGCUAUGACUGCAACUAUUUCGUGGAGUAUUUCGCCCUGGAUCUGCUGAUGGAAGACGGAGAGUGCCGAGGAGUGAUCGCGCUCUCUUUGGAGGACGGAACGCUUCAUCGCUUCCACACGAAGAACACGGUGCUCGCCACCGGCGGCUACGGACGCGCCUAUUUCUCCUGCACGUCCGCGCACACCUGUACCGGUGAUGGCACCGCCAUGGUCUCCAGAGCCAAUCUGCCCAAUCAGGAUUUAGAGUUUGUGCAGUUUCACCCUACAGGUAUUUACGGUGCCGGAUGUCUGAUCACGGAAGGAAGCCGCGGUGAAGGCGGCUACCUGGUAAACAGCGAAGGCGAGAGGUUCAUGGAGCGUUACGCACCGGUGGCGAAGGACCUGGCAUCGCGAGACGUGGUGUCGCGAUCCAUGACCAUGGAAAUUAGGGAGGGCAGAGGCGUCGGACCGGAGAAGGACCACAUCUACCUACAGCUGCACCAUCUGCCGCCUGAGCAACUGGCCGCUCGAUUGCCGGGGAUCUCGGAGACGGCGAUGAUCUUCGCGGGCGUCGACGUGACCCGGGAACCCAUCCCCGUUAUACCCACCGUCCAUUACAAUAUGGGUGGCGUACCAACGAACUACAAAGGCCAGGUAUUGACCAGGCAGAACAAUCAGGACAAAGUGGUGCCCGGAUUAUACGCGUGCGGCGAGGCAGCCUGCGCGUCCGUUCACGGCGCUAACCGGCUGGGCGCCAAUUCUUUGUUGGAUUUGGUUGUCUUCGGACGCGCUUGUGCUAAAACAAUUGCUCAAGAGAACAAGCCUGGCGAGGCGAUCGGGCCUCUGAGAUCUAACGCCGGCGAAGAGACGGUGGCCAAUUUAGAUUGCGUAAGAAACGCCAAGGGCUCCAUUUCCACGGCGGAUCUGCGGCUGACCAUGCAGAAGACCAUGCAAACGCACGCGGCGGUCUUCAGAAUGGCCGAGACUCUGCAAGAAGGUUGUAAAAAGAUGACCGAUCUUUACAAGAAGCUCGACGAGGUGAAGGUGGCAGACAGGUCUCUGAUAUGGAACUCCGAUCUGAUAGAGACGCUGGAACUGCAAAAUCUCAUGAUCAACGCGAUGCAAACGAUCGUAGGGGCGGAGCAGAGAAAAGAAAGCCGCGGCGCUCACGCCCGCGAAGAUUUCAAGCAGAGAAUCGACGAGUACGAUUUCAGCAAGCCGCUCGAGGGCCAGCAACCGAAACCGUUCGAUCAACAUUGGAGGAAGCACACGCUGUCGAAGAUCAAUCCGAGAACAGGAGAGGUGUCGCUCGACUACAGACCAGUGAUCGACGGUACGCUCGACCAGCAGGAAUGCGCGACGGUUCCACCAGCGAUUCGUUCCUAUUAGACUAAUUCCAAAUGGAUCGAUCCAUCACCCUAGAACUCAUUUCGCCGGCGAAUUUUGGUCACGCGAUUGUCCCGUGACGUAAGCCUAACGAUCACACUUAGACCGAUAUAACGCAACGGGCUCGUCGAUCGUCGGCGACGAUCUUCGUAUUGCCGCUACUUACUACUACACGGUAACGAACCUUUAAUUUAUUUUACAUAAAUACACACAUAUACAAAGAGAAACAAACAUACAUACACACACAUGAACUUCAUCGUGCACCAAAGUUAAUUCUUGUCAUCGCUUGCGCGCCAGUCGCGAGCAAGAUUAAUGGUCCUUGUAGGAUACCGAUGCCGAGGUUAUCUUCUCGUGGUCACCUCUCGGGGGAUGGUGAUUACGCGCAGUUCGCGUGAAGUAAUAGUCGAACCGUGGUAGGUGGCGCUCCGGAUAUGCGCGGGCAUGCGUUUUUCUAACGACACCGGUUGCAAUACGCAACGUAUUGUCGCGUGCAGCAAUACGCGUCGUCUCUCAGGGACCCUUAAGAGGAGGAUCCUGUCCCGUUUUACCGAAAAUUUCUUAGUAAUGCAGGCAAGGACUUUACCCGAAAAAAAGUUUUUUUCGUUUUGCGAAUAAAGUCAACCGUCUAUAUUAACGUAUAGAUUGAGCAAAAGAAUUUUCGUGCAGUCAGUAACGAAUAUAGUACCGACAAACUUACGGCAAAACAGACGACUCCAGGAUUCUCCAGGGUUAAGGGAUCACAUACAUUCGAGCGGCUCAAAAAAAUGCCUAAUGUUUUUCUGCUAACCACAUUACCGCCUUCCUGAAAAUGUCACCUUUUGAGAAAUGAUCUUUCAUACUUUUAUAUUACAAGAAAUUGAUAUACAAUUACUGCUUCCGUUAAGCUCACCGAUACUCAAAAUGGAAUUAUUGAUUUAGCAGGAGUUUUGCACGAGCUUCAUGUAAUAUAUAAAUAAAAGUAUCAAAAAGACAUCUUCACAAAGUCAAUAAUGUGGUCAAUAGAGAAAAUUUUGGAUUUUUAGCGCAAACAUUAGACUUUUUUUCGAGCCGCUCGUGCAACCCUUUAAGGAGUCCCAUAGCAGGGCCAGAGUUAACAGGAAAGUCAACCCUUCGUCUCCUGCACGUGUUUAAUCGAGGGAUUAUAAGAUUCUUUUCCUUUUAAUUUAUAUUUGUUUCUAUUUAUUCGCAUAUGAAACUGGUGUUUCAUAUUGCUCUUGCACGCGACGGUACGCUGUGCCGUUGUACUUUGAUACGAUUGUUGUUUAACGCUGAUACAUAGUACUGCAUCAUCGUGCAGGAGACACGUUUAUUUUUUGGAUGCUCCGGCAGAUUUUCUUGCGAAUCGGUUGACGCAGAAAAAUAUGUUUCUAUUUUAGUAUCGAGGGACGUUACGUCUGUGGAAACGAAGAUUUUUUAUCAGUCGGUCUUUUAUGUUUUCAAAGUGAAUCAUUGUAUUAUUUACGCGCAAACGCGAUUAUGAGCACACUCUCUCUGUAAGGUUGUGGAACAAUAUAUUAAUUUCGUUGCGGCCGAAUACUACUUAAAUACCUUACCGGACGACACAUGGAAACAGCAUUGAGCAAUCUUCUGUUCUUGAAUAUAUAUCUUUAUAUAUAUUUAUAUUAAAUGGACGUUUAUAUAAAAAGUUUGGAAAAAGAUUCAUAAUAUAUUAUUGUCUCACUUUACUUCGAUCAUUUCUAGGAAAUAAUUAUAUAUUUAUCUCGAAAAAUAUAAGAACGAUUUCUCGCUUGUGUGAUAUCUAUCAUAAUAAUUAAUUAUAAGACAUUAUUAUUCAUAUGACGUGUGAUUUUAAUUUCGCUUAUUAAAACUGUUUUUCCGUGUUGUCCCUGCAGCAUCCCACUGAUACUAUAUAUAAUUCGUACAAGUUGGACUUGAGUGAAACAUUAUAGAACACGGCACAGAAAUGCGAAAUACUGUAGUCUCGGUCUGUAAAAAUCGUGUGAGCGUGCUGUUUGGCACGGUGGAAAUGUACAUAAAUCGCGAAGAAUGUCAAUAAUAAAGCGUUGAUUACACCUUUUA